AUGACGGCAUCAUGCAGGAACCUAUCGACCUCGGUGUUGAUUCGGAACAACAUCUCCUUCCCCGAAGACCGUGUCAACACUUAUGGCAUCUUCAAGCAGGCCGACCGGAAUCUCUGGGCCGAGGACGCCAGCCCGGGUGACCAAGGUAUCCUUUGGGUCGAGAACACCCCACACGCUGCGACUCGUACGCGCAAGCGAAGCCGUGCAGAGUUUGACGGCGAGGAAGGUGGAGUUGGUGAGAUGGACGAGGGCAUCGGGGGUGCGAUUCGGGUACGACUUCACGGCACGGAUAACGAGAACGUGACAUCGCUGGGCGGCAAUGUGCCUGACGGUGAUAUCACGGAUGCAGAGCUGGAGAUCGUGAGGAUAGAGCUGACCAAUGAUCGCAAGAAAGAGGAACAGCAAAAUGGCGCGGCUUAUGAUUCCCUCGGUGCGAGGCGCGCGAACCGUAUCCAACUCGAACGCCAGUGCAUAAACGAGUACCUCCGAAGCAAUUUGCAGGUCGCAGCUGAGCAGUGCUUCCCCAAGAUUCCUGCACCCCCCCUCGAAAACCUGUACACGGAACAAAAGAAAGAUGUGAUCAGCGCCCACGCCCUAGUUGAGCUAACACGGUAG